CCUUUGGCUUGAACAUAAGGAACUUUUAAUAUUAUUUUUCGUAAUAUGAAAGUAUUCAUGUUAAUUUCAAGAGCAGUUGGAGGAUUUCAGCCUUAUACUUCGUUGUAAUUUAUUCAAACGACAACCAUUGUGGACACGUAAUAUCCGAGCUUGGUGUUUUCGGAGCAGGAAGCCUACAAGCCUACGUACCAACAAACAGACUGAUUAUUGCUGACCGUCAGUACUUUUCCUGUUUGCGAUGCAGGAGAAAUUAUCACCAGAAAAGGCGAUGCAACAACAUCUCGGAACCUCUCCGGCGUUUUUUACACGUCUGCUAUAAAAGUACCAUGGGGAACUCAACUGAAAUAUUGUUUUUUCUACAAGGACUGCAUGAGACGGUGUCAAGCAAACACACAUACUUCAUCCUGAUUCUUCUUGUUUACCUUUUUACUCUUUUAGCGAACCUGACUUUGAUUGUGACAAUUAUUUUGGAGAGAACGCUCCAUGAGCCCAUGCUUGUAUUCGUGUGUAACUUGUGUGUAAAUGGUAUACUUGGUGCCUCUUUAUUUUAUCCUAAAAUAUUGGUGGACCUCUCAUCUGACAUGAGUGUUACUUCGUAUAAAGCCUGUCUGGGUCAAAUUUUUGUAUUAUACAGCUACGUAUACUGCGAAUAUACUACGUUAGCAAUUAUGGCUUAUGACAGGUAUAUCGCGAUAUGCAAGCCGCUCAAUUACCACUCCAUCAUCACGCCUCGGAAGGUGAUGAAAUUGCUUGUUUUUACCUGGCUUUCAUCCAUCUGUGAAUCUGCUGGUGUGGCGGCCCUGGUAGCCAGGCUGCCCCUCUGUGGAUUCAACAUCGAAAAGAUUUACUGCACAGCCUGGGCCGUGGUAAAGCUGUCAUGCGUGGACACCACUAUCAACAACAUAUACGGGUACAUUCUCAUGUUUUAUCACAGUUGCCAAUCAGUGCUGGUUGUGAUUUCCUAUAUUUAUAUCGUCAGAGCAUGUGUGCGAUCGCCGAAAGAACGAAGUAAGUUCAUGCAGACCUGUUUGCCCCAUUUAAUAUCACUGUCCAACUUCUUCAUCGCACUCGGUUUUGACCUCUUUAACACUCGUUAUGGUUCCACCAGCCGUAUGCAGGCUCUCCGCAAUUUCAUGUCCCUGGACUACCUCAUUGUUCCACCGCUCCUAAAUCCCCUCAUUUAUGGCCUGAGACUCAACCAGAUCCGCCGGAGAAUCUUUAGAGUUUGCAUCCAGAAAACACAUGCUCUGAAAUAAAGAAGUGUGUCUACUUUGCUGUCCAGGUUGGAAAAGAUAGAUUUUUUGAAAAUCCGCGAGUGAUUGAAUUUUACAUUUGGAGCUGAUAUAGCUAUAGGCGUUUGAAUUGCUACCAGUUGAGUCGUCUCAUUUACUACCUACAUCUUCAUGAAGAUGGAGUCAUUUUUCUUGUGAAGUAAUUCCGUUUGCAAACCCUGUAUAGCCUACUUUAAUUCAUUCUCUCGCGCAUACAGGUAUGUGCCUGGCAGACUGUAGCCUGUACAAUUUUAGCCUCGGUAUUUGCACAGUGAAACUGCUUCAUGGUUAAAAACCGCAAUCCGUGUCCUACGUUAGGUCUUCCACGCGCAGAUAAAUGGUCAGGCGCGCACCUUCCGAGCGCCUGGAUGUUAAAAACGAAUGUAUCCUAUAUCCAACGGUGACCUUUCGCUGUUAAAUUACAAAUACUAGCCUAUAUCAUCCGUAAGAAAGUGAAUUAAUGUGAUAUUCAAUAAAUCAAAAUGAAAAAUAAUCAUAUGCUGUAAAAAAAAUACCUCUGUGUAUCCUAAAAGUAGACUGCGUAUCGCACACAUUUAUUUUUACUCAUGGAAUUAUGAUUUAGUUAGUGAAUGAACAAGGGACAAUUGGACGACGACGCUGAACCAAACGAAAAGACGUAGAGCCCGAAUUGUGUGUAGCCUAUUAGACUACCUCCGGCACAGCUGCCCAGCACGUGCUGCUGUCAGCCGCCGACCACAAGCAUUAGUCCUAAAAACUGUUCAACCACUACCAUGGCCCUGGCAGUGCGAUUUGAGGAGGGGUUUUCCACAAGAAUUCCAACUGUAGGUAUUGCUUUAAGAAAAUGUGCGUAGAAUAAUUUUCUUACCCAAAUAUACCAAUGGCUUUUGUAAAUUACGUAAUAUAGCCUAUGCGGUUUCAUAUUUUGUGAAAUUUCCACAGCUUGAAUAAAGGAGACAUUGAAAGGGAGUUCACAUUUAAAUAUUUAUGACUGUCAAAGUGAUAUAUAGCCUAUAACGCAACUAACUCAGCUUACAUUAGGCCUACUCGGCAACUAACAUGUUACUUUUACCGUCCAUUCAUACUGAUGGAUAUUCAUUGCGGCAGUAGGCCUGCAGGUUAAGUAGCUUUCCCGGAGAUAUAGUGACAUUGCCCUGCGUGAGAAUCUGCUACUUCUAAGCCCAACACUCUGGGAUUAUACCAUUAUCCUGCAGUGUCACUCUGGGUGCUGAGAACUUCUGUUAAUUUGUUCAGAUGUUAACUGAAAAUUGCUCCACAUCAUAAAAAAUUAAGAAACUAUCCAAAAUUUCACCCUGAUUGAUAACAACAAUUUUGUUUUGAAUGGUUAU